AUGCCUUCAACCACACACAGCGAGUUCGGCCACGAUACCGAAGCCCUCGAAGUCGCCAAAGCCUUCGCUAAUGGCAUCCGCGGCAAGACUAUCAUUGUUACGGGCGCGAACAGCGGCGGUAUAGGAUUUACCACAUUGCAAGCCUUUGCAUCUCAGUCCCCAGCGCACCUCAUCCUCGCCAGCCGUACACCCUCGAAAAUCCAAGAGACUGUCGAAAAACUCAAGGCCGAGUAUCCUAGCGUCGACUACCGCCCGCUGACCCUCAAUCUCUCCUCUCAAAAAGCAGUGCGCGAUGCUGCUGCGGAAGUCCUUUCCUGGCAAGAUGUCGACGCAAUCGAUAUCAUCGUCAACAGCGCGGGUGUCAUGGGUCUUCCAGAUCGUCAGCUCACGCCUGAUGGCAUCGAAAUGCACUUCGGGACCAACCACAUCGGACACUUCCUCUUUACCUCGCUGCUGAUGCCGAAGCUGCUCACCGCAGCACAGCGCAACUCUAGAGGUGCGACACGCGUCGUGAACGUCACGUCUCUAUCGCCGCUUGUUGCGGGCAUCCGCUGGAGCGACGUCAACUUCGACAAGUUUAACAAAGACUUGCCGGAAGAGGAGCGCCCAAGUGAGAAGAUGUUAGCUAUGUGGGGGUUCACCAACAUUCUGGAGAGAUCGUACAUCCCUAUCGAGGGGUACAAUCAGUCUAAAGCCGCCAACGUCUUGUUCUCCAUUGGUCUGUCGGACCGUUUGUAUCAGAAGCACAGUAUUGUUAGCAUUGCCGUGCAUCCGGGUGUCAUUCCAACAGAGCUGGGUAGAGACUUUGGGGAAGAGAUGGAGCAAGCAGUGGUCAAUAUAGGAAAGUCAGGGAUGGCCACAUAUAAGACUUUGGGUGCGGGGUCUUCGACGAGCUUGACGGCAGCGCUGGAUCCGAAGCUCGGUGAGGGUGUUGGUGAGGAGAAGGAUGGCAAGGUAUAUGGUGCCUAUAUGAUCGACUGUCAAGUUUCGGACAAGGCAAAUGUGCGGGCGUGCUCGAGGGGAGAAGCGGAGAAAUUGUGGGAGCUUUCUGAAAAGCUGGUUGGCGAAAAGUUUGCUUGGUAG